AUGUCUACGCACAUAUACGAGUUUGAGUCACAAAUGCAGGCCCGGCGCUAUGCACGCGUCUGGCCGCAUCGUGUCGGCAGGAAUCGGACUGCAGGCCUGCAAUUGUCAUCGGUAGCAGCAACGUCCUCGACUGUCAAUGCAACUGAGAUUGCCCAUUUUUCCCGGCUUUCCUCACUAUGGUGGAAUGAGCAAGGGGAGUUUUCGCUGUUGCACCGAAUGAACCCUGUAAGGGUACGUUACAUCCGGGAAAAGAUCCUUGAGGCCACAUACGAAGACCAAGGAGAGGAUGCAAGGAGAGAGUUGGAAUCAAAAUGCGCGGUGCUGACUGGUAUGGAUGUAUUGGAUGUGGGUUGUGGAGGUGGUUUGCUCUCAGAGAGUCUCGCUAGGCUGGGAGCACGAACUAUUGGCAUCGAUGCAUCUGAAUCCAACAUUGGGAUAGCUUCGACACAUGCUAGUGGUGAUCCCCAGCUGUCUUCUUCGGGCAAUUCAUUGGAAUACCGUCAUACUUCUGCAGAGCAGCUUGUCAAAGAACCCAAGCGGUUCGACGUCGUAUGCUCGAUGGAAGUUAUUGAGCACGUAGAUAACCCGGUGGCGUUCCUUUCUGCUUGUGCCCAGUUGGUGAAACCUGGAGGCCAUCUUUUCCUUUCCACGAUUGCGAGGACGCCACUCUCCUAUUUUAUUACAAUUUUGGCUGGCGAAUAUGUCCUCCGCAAGGUAGCUGUGGGGACUCACACGUACUCAAAAUUCGUCAACCCGUCCGAGCUUAUAUCGUUCUUCCAAACCUAUCGGUCCUCGCCUUCCUCCUCCAGCAAUCCAACAGACUUCGGCGAUUUCGGCUCUGAUGCAUCUCCCAGACCUUGGAUAACACGUACGUAUGCUCAUGGUCUACCCACACGAUUGGAAGCGGAUGUGCGAGGAAUAGUGUAUAUUCCAUGGAGUGGAGAAUGGAAGCUGAUGCCUCGCUCUUCUACGCCCUGGGGUGCCGUGGAAUGCAACUAUCUGUUUUGGGUCAGGAGACCCUUGGAUUCGUAG